AUGAGUCCCGCCACAGCCGACAUGACGCCGACCUCAAUAACACAAAAGUGGAAGAAGAUGUGGGACAGAAAGCAAGCUCUGAAAGACUAUCUCGAUCUACCUGACAAAGACAUCAAGCAGAUCUAUCGAACCCGCAAAUACCAACUCUGGCUCGAGAAAUAUUCCAAGGCUUGCGAGCAGUAUCCUCUCCUGAUAGAUAGGCUGUUUCGAAAUAGUGUUGAGUUCACUAAGCUGGCGGGUAUGAUUGAUCAACAGGACGAUGCUGCUUUGAAUAACGAGAUUGAACGGCAAUCCCCGACCUAUGAAGCUGAACAGAUUCGGAACACUGUGCGUAUUCUGUUUAGGCUAUACCAAAUCGAGAAGCGGGAAGGAUUUCUCAAGAAGAAUGAUCUCACAGCACGUCAAAGAGCAUGCCUCAUCUUGGCUCUGAUGGAAGAUUUUUCUAACGACCAAGAAGAAAAGCUGACUGCUAAGAAGCUGAAAGAUGCGCAAGAGAACGACAACGCUAACAAUCGAAACGAAGUCGUUGCCACAGCGCAACUUGCCCAGCAUGCAUCUAGUGUAAACUCCAGCCAGGAUUUACGAAGGAAGACACCACACACCAAUCUUCCUCCAGCUGUGCUCGCACGGAAAGUCGACGCCGCCUAUCAGAGCCAGGCACAAACAGAUCGGACAGAAGAGGAGGAACAGUCGGCACCAGAAGUAUCACCAGACGCCGACUCGGAAACGGAGAAGCCGUCUUACACCUAUGCUCAGCUCAUCAAAAUGGCGAUCCAGGAGUCUUCAGAGAAACGUCUUCCAUCUAGCGAAAUAAUUGACUGGAUCAAAAACAAAUUUCCCUACUACGAAAAGCAUGCUACCGGGAACUGGCAACGUACCAUUCGCAAUACACUGUCAUCCCACAAGGAUUUUAUGCAGCAAGGAAAACUUGAAGAUGGCAAGAGAGGCAACUACUGGAUCAUCGGGUCUACGGCAGGCAUCACACCCUCCGCACCUAGUCAUACAAGUGCAGACGAACGUAGCGGUGCUGCCAAGGAGUCAACAGGAGAAGAAACAUUUGAAGAGGCCCAAACCCCAUCCGCUACUCGGAACCGACGCAGCAUGACAGAGGAUACCGUUGUGAGCGAUGGCGACCCCAAGGAACAAACCCUACCUCGAGCUGCGGUAAAUGUUGCAGAAGAUGCCGAGACUGUUGUUGGAGGCGAGCACGUGUCAGACGACGCAUCUAGCCAAAUACGACCCAGUGUACGAGCGCCAGUCAACAAAGAAGUUUCUCAAGCUUCGAGAGAUGUUGUAAGAGCUCAAGCGCAUAGCAAAUUCGCGAAGAAGGAGCAUGAAGAAGCAAAACAAAAAGUGGCAGUUGCCAAGGCAGAGCUCGGCGAACUCGAGCAAUGCGAAGGUGAGAUUGCGGACGCAGUAGAUGAAUUCAGAUUGUCCAUAGGCAAACUCAAAGCUGGUCUUGUGCCAUCUCGAACUCCAAGAGAACAGGGGCGUAUCUAUCCACGAUUCAUACAGAUCUGCGAUGAGGCUUUGGCUGCUGCUGAGGAGGAAGUUCCCAAAGUUGGACGGGAUAGAGACGAUGUGGUCACGAAAAAGAAACAGGCUGAAAAGGCUGAGGGAGAGGCACACGUCAAGAUGCUAAAGGCCAUUGAGAGGGAAAAGCAGGCAGUCAAAUUAUUCGAGGCCACUGAACGUUUCGAAGCGGCUAAGCGGAGCCUGGAGAUUGCACAGAAUGAAUUCGAGGAAUCCAGCCCUGUGCGCAGACCUCGCAAAUCCUAG